UGGCUUCCUUUGAUUGGUCAGUAACCCUGUGACGCUUGCACAGCGGAAGUUCUGAUUGGUCGACAGCUGGAACCCAGGUAGUUGGAAGCGUGAAGCAGCAGGAGACUUUGUCUGAUCUUUGUAUCCAUCAUGGAAACGCCUCUUCUUCCUCGUGAGUCUGGCCUGUUCGUGGCGGAGCGGAGUCAGGACGUGUUUGUGGAGGAGGAGGGAGUGCGGAAGGCGGCAGAGAUGCUCUACUCUCUCCGACACAGUAAGGCUCUGACUGCCAGUGGCUGGAAAGAGGGGAAUCCACUGGCCCCGGCAGCGUCUUCUGACCAGGCCUUAAACUGGGUGUUUGUUGUCGACACCAUGAACUUCUCCUUCUGGCCAGAUGAAGAAACUCAGCAGUGUGAGGUGACAUAUAAAGGGACCACGUACACAGGCUACAUGACACUUUGUGCUGCCAUUCUCAGAGCCAUGGAUGAAGGUAUACCCAUCACCAAUCCAAAGUACUUCUCCAAGAUGAGUGUGGAGGAGCUCGGACACAUCCUUCGAUCUGACAAUGAAACGCCCAUGCCAAUGCUGCAGGCCCGCCACAAGGUGCUUACUGAAGGCGGCCUCGUGUUGCUGGAACAUGGCGGAAGUUUCCGCAGUUUCAUCAGCCAAGCCGGGAAUGACGCCCGCAAGAUGGUUGAGCUUAUUGUGCAGAAGAUUCCUUCCUACAAGGACGAAGCUACAUAUGAGUGCAAGAGAAUCUCACUGUACAAGCGAGCCCAGAUCCUGGUGGCAGAUUUCUGGGGUGUCAUGGAGGCGAGAGGAGAAGGAGACAUCAUCAACAUGGACUGGCUCACCAUGUUUGCAGACUACAGGGUCCCGCAGGCUCUCGUCUACCUUGGAGUGCUACGUUACUCUGACACGCUGAUGCAGAUGCUGAAGAAAGGUGAGCUGCUGUGUUCAGGGGACAGGAGGGAGGUAGAGAUCCGAGGUUGUUCGAUUUGGUCCGUGGAGCUGAUCAAAGAACAACUUUGCAAACUGGUGCAGGAGCGAGACGGAGAGACAUGUCACAUCAACUCCGGAAUCAUAGACUUCUACCUGUGGCCUUACGCCAAACAGCAUCAGAAAGAGAUGGCCCACAUUCCCGUACACCGCACACGCUGUAUUUACUACUGAUGAGCUGUCUGGCAGCCACACAUACAGGAGGCUGCACUUCCUCAGUGUGCAGCCUUGGCACUGGUGCCUCUCCCUGGGAUAAAGCCAAACAUGUUCAUGUGCCAGAUAUACACACAAACGGGCUUCUCUCAAUCUGUAAUGGAAACAGGUGGGAAGUUAUAAUGUCGCUUGUUUGUCUGUGUGGGAUGUAUCACUGUUGUCCAUUUACAGUAAAUUAAUAUGUUUAAUGUUAAUGAGAUGGAACAUUUCUAACAAGUGAUCUCAGUGUGCAUACUGUAAAUCUGCUGCAAUUUGAACCAAUACUAACAGUGUUGGCAGGAUUGUACUGAUAUGAUAUAAAUCUAACUUUGCAUGAAUAUUGUCAUAAAAUAAGAUAGAAAGAUCUUAGCAGCGGUUUGUACUGGAUUGUGAAUAAUUUUGUUUAUUUUGUAUUGAAGUCUAUGGUGAAUCAGAAUUGUAGAAUCACAAAAAUUUAAAAUUAAUGUUUUUUAAUAAAUCAAGUAAAAUUUAUAAACAGAGUAACAAAAUGUGAAAUUGAAUAGGCUAUCAAAACUUAACUAUAUAUAUAUACUGUAUAUGUACGUACUGCUAAAUUAAAUGUACUUCUCUGCAGCCUUUAUUGGUAAAUGCUCAUGUGAAUGUAACUUGUUUUAAUAAUAAUCAAUCAUAUUUUAUUUGUAAAGCCCAGUAACAAAGGGAACUUCAUUACUAGUAGCUGUAGGUGUAUGCCUAUUGCACAAUUGGGGUUCUGUAUUAAUUGCACUUUGCACAUAAAUAACAGCACUUCACACUUUCAUAACAGUAUUGGUACUUUAUUAGCAGGAUUUUCACAGAACAAUUUCCACUUUGAAUAGCACACUUUUCAAUCAGGUAAUCGACUGCAUUAGAGUAUAUAAAUUGUAAAUAAGAUGUUUCAAGUGCUUUAUAAAAUAGUUUCUAAAAAUCUAGCAGAUACUAAGAAAUAAGGAACACCUGGCAAUGGUAGAUUCCAAAUAGGUUAACCAGUAGCCUAGUAUUUAAGGCGCCAGUUUACCAUCAUUUUGUGGCUGCGCGGAUCACUUUUGGUUGCUGUCAUUUUUGUCUUGGCUGCUGACAAAACUAAAAUCAAAACAUGGAUUGGUACACUUCGCCAUGGUUUCUUGCUCAUCCAGUCGCUUCUUUUCAUUUUUAUAAGUCCAUAUAAACAAAUCAGAGUUGUGUCGUAUAGGGUUUAGUAUUAGGAAAUGUCUUGUGUCUUCUGUUGUGCCUGUGCACUUUAUAUGUCUCACUGUGGGAGAGUGGGAAACGUUGUAUCGAUUCCUUGUAUGUUCUGAACAUGUAAGAAAUUGACAAUAAAGCUACUUUACUACUUUA